GUGUAAUGUUUUACACACAUCACAAUUGCAAUUACGUUCAGUUUUUAAAGUGGUAUAAAACUUUUUACUGCACAGUUUAAACACUCUGUAUUCCCGCCAUUUAUGAAGGUUAUGUUUUUAUCAAGUUGAUAACAGGUUUUCGGCAUGAAAUUGACGAGACAGCUGUGGCGGUUCAGCACUGCCAUAAAAUCAAUGAUGAAACUACCGGAAAAGGAACUCACAAUAAAGGCGCCAUGGGGUAAUCUAGCUGCCUUAACAUGGGGCGACCCAAAGAAUCCUCCUGUCCUGCUCUGUCACGGGAAGUUGGACGUAUGUACGGGGUUCAGGCCGUUGGUCUCCCGUCUCCCUCCCACCUUCUUUUACGUCACCGUGGACCUGCCCGGCAAUGGCCGCUCAGACCACUUCGCUAAGGGCGUCAGGUUCACUGUAAUAGACUUUGUACCAACUGUAGUGACUGUAGUCAAACAUUUUAAAUGGGACAAGUUUAUUUAUAUUGGACAUUCGUUGGGCGUGCCUAUUGGGAAGUUCUUCAACAUAGCCUACCCUGGCUAUAUCACCCGCGUUGUGGAGAUAGACCCGGUGCCAGCACACCACACGUGGCCAUGCGACCGUGCGGGCAUGCACGACUGGUACCACAGCUACUACAGAAUGUACGAUGACGAGAAAUUUGUCAAGUUUAACAGUGGCAUGGACACAGCGCCGAAGUAUACUUAUGAAAAGGCUCAGCAUUUGAUGAUGCAGACUCGAGGGUUGUCUAAAGAGGCGACAGUACAUGUCUUGGAGAGGUGUCUGGAGCCCGCCGGAGAUGGACUCUAUAGAUUCACUUUCGACCAGCGCAUGAAAGAAAUGCCAGUGUUGCCAUUCUCUGGCGAGAGUUUAGGUAAAAUAUACACAACAACAACCACUCCGACGUUCUGUGUUCUCGCUCAAAAAAUGAUUGACCUCGGCAUGUAUACUGCUGUACCGUUUGUGAUGGACGAAAAGGCUUGGCCCAACGGUAACUAUAGGUAUAAGAUUGUCGACGGCGGCCAUGACGUACACAUAGACAAUCCAGACUGCAUGGCUGAGGAUAUAGCGAACUUCCUUCUAGAAGAUGUUAAGGCUAAAUUGUGAUGGAGUUUCUUUUUGUAUAGGUUCUAUUUGGACAAGGGAUUAAAAAUGGCAUAAUAUAUUUUUUUAACAACAAAAAUAUAAUAACCGAUUUGAAAUAAAAAGUGCUGAGCCAAA